ACAAUAUAUUUAUCACCAACAAUCUGCAUAACAUAUCAUUCCCAAAUACCUGGUUCCUAACUUAAACUGUAAACUGCAGUCUGUAGUUUACUGAUAUGUGUCCUCGGUUGAGUUAUGCGUACAGUAAAUGUAUACGCAAAAAUAAAGUAAGAUCUGGGUUCAGGAUAAAUCCUUGCUUUCCGAUAGCAAAUUUCUGUGUAAAUAUAUAAUCCAAAUUUAACGUUAACAAAUGUAAAUACGCAAAACUGAACGAAAAAUAGAUAUCACAUUCAAACCGUUUUGUUUACAAAGCAAACACUUUGUCUUCCUUAUUUGUGUAUGUAAGCCGUUUUCCUCUAUUUGUAUUCACUCUCCAGAUAAAAAGUUCCUUAUUUCCAUAUCGUUCGAGUAAAGGAGGAGUCGAAAAUACUGAAAGUUUGUGAUUAAAAUUGUCAAUCAAACCACGACUCGGAUCAAGAAGAUGGCAUUAAUCCAUAUACUCGGUCUCGGUGUCUUUCUGAUAUUGGCAGUAUCAGGCUUUGUAAGUGUCAAAGCCCACUUCUCGAGAAAAGGGCGACGUACUCGUCGGGUUCCGCCUGAAGGAAGAGAUAAAACCGAAAUGAAUAAAAUUAUAAGAAAACGAGACGACUUGGUGGAAGCGCAAAAAAUUUCUUCAUGUAGACUUGAACAAUUACAAGUUCAACUGGACAACGAGAAUGGAGACCCAGCCAAACUAAAAAUCAAGAUUCAACAAGAAGAAAAUAAACAUCGAACUAUUUCCAACCAAUUGGUUAAAAUUGAUGAAAAGUUGACAAGGAUGGACAUUGAGUUUGCCAAAAGCCAAUCGGAUUAUGUCAUGGAAAAUAUUCAAUUUACUCAUCUUCAUAAAAAUUAAGCCUAACUUCGAAAAAAUUUUUUAUUUACUUUGGCUUCACUGAGUCCUUUGAAAAAUGAAUUGCUGAAGUAAAGCGUCACAAAGCAUUAACUCUUUUUUAUCAUAAAUUGUAUCAUAACAGGCACACGCAUAUUUUAAACAGUAUCAAAUAAUCCAUGUGCAAAUCAGAAUUUCCGAUUUAGGAUUACAUAGUCAAAAUAAUGUUUCAGCUUUCCUGUACAAAUAUUGGGUAGAUUUUUGCUCAAAGUAAAUUUAAUAUUGUCUAAAUAAAUAAGAAUUAUCGAAAUGGUUACUGUUUCC